CUUCCUCCUCAGUCAGUGUCGAGUGUGUUGUUGUUUAUAUCGAACGCUAGAAGCUUUCCAGGGCUAAAAUGGCAGAAUAAAGGCGUGCGGCAGCAACCUGUGCAUCGGCAACAACUUGGCAGUGCAGCGGCUAAGUGCACUGGCUAUUUCAGGCAAAAUGGCGUCUCUCUCGGCACCCACCCUCAGCUUUGCUGCCGUCGACAGCAGUACCAGACCCCUCGACUUGCUUUUAGCAGACUCUCCUUUGUUUUCAUUCACCUUGUUGAGCCUACCGCUGACUGUGAGCAGCCAUGACGCACUCCCAGCUGGCAUUGGAAGACUUGGAGGCCCUGUACUUAGGGUCCCCGUUUCUGAUGGCUGACCCCAUGGGGCCCCUUCUGGACCAAGAUGAAGCUCUUUCUCCCUCCUUCUCUUUAGAGGUGAAGGCGCCAGCUUCRCCCUCUCUCUCCGUUUCUUCUUAUGCAUCUUCCUCUUCUCCUUAUCAGACGAUGCCAUUAUCCCCACUCGCCUCUUCCUCUCCGUCCCCCUCUCCUCCCCCCACCAAGUCCUCUUCAUUCCUGGAGACCAAGGCUGAAACAGACCUGUUGUCAAUGUCUUUGCUGGCUGACAGCGACCUGCUCAGCGCCCACAUUGAAGCAGAUAUUGGCAAAGAUGCUUUCGAGGACUUGGAUUGGAUGUCAGAAAAAAUGGACCUGAGUGAAUUCGACCUGGAGUCUUUCAUUAGCUCAUCUGAUGCGUCUCUCAGCUCCCCGAAAGAUUUCCUGGCCUCCCUCGACCCCCACAUGGAUCUGGAUCUCGACUCCUUCGACACAACUGUCCCCGCCCAGCACAGCAGCCCAGACGGUGGUCUCAUGUUACCUAAUGUCCCCUCUCUCCCCUCAGAAACCCCUGUUUCACCUGAGGUCAAGACGGCAGAGGUGGCUCCUGUUCAGGAGGUUGUGAAGUCUGAGCCUCCCUCUCCCAGCCCCUCUCCAUCUCCYGCGUCCCCAGCCUACACAUUGGAGCUUGGGAGUGAAGUCGAUGUUUUAGACGUUGAGAAAAUGGCUACAUCUAUCACCACUACUAUCAUCCAAGAUCCCAGUGAAAUCAUCCAAACCACCAGUCCUAUUGUGCUCUCGAUCCCCACUGCUGGUCACUUUGUAGUGGUUCUUGCCAACAAAGAGGAGCCCUCCCUCGCACCUCUCCCUGAUCAGAACACCUUUUCAUCAAGCGAAAGUGAUUGUGACUCUGGCAUCGAGUCGGGCGCUGGCUCCCCCACAUGUCACUCAACGCCCCCUAAUUCCCCUACGCCUGGUUCAUCCCGAACCAAACCCUACUGUAAGCCACAGCCCGCAGCCUCUCCUUCCCCCAAGGCCUCCAAGGUUAAGUCUGUGUCUGGCGCUCCCAGGGUGGUUGAGAAGAAGUUGAAGAAGAUGGAGCAGAACAAGACGGCCGCCACUCGCUACCGGCAGAAGAAGCGGGUCGAGCAGGAGUCGCUGAACUCGGAGUGCGAAGAGCUGGAGAAGAAAAACAACGAGUUGAAAGAGAAAGCGGAGUCCAUCAGCCGAGAGAUCCAGUAUCUCAAGGACCUGAUGGAGGAGGUCCGCAAGCACCGGCGAGGAAAGACCCCCACAGUUGCUUAAAAGGCCAAAUGUUCACGUGGCACAACCUUUUGCUUCAGAGUGAUGUGAUGUGGUUCUUCCUGCUUCAGUUUGCAAAGUCAACCAUUUUCUAGUAAGAGAUUAAAGGCUGGUGUGUGAGAUUAGAAGAGGGCCGAAAAGCUUAUAGAAGUUGAGAUUAGUUGAACGCAGGGGGCUGGGAGUUAGUCAGGUGAAGCAUUUGUACAUGCUUGUCUCUCAGUCCCUUGUUGAUCCCUUUGUGUACUUCCAACUUAAUCAGCACACCUGCGUCAAUCAGCAGGGUGUGUUUUUGUAGAUUAGGCAUGCAAAACCGGAGUCGGUAGUUGAUGGUAUUGUUUGUUUGAACUAAAACCCAGCCUCACUUCCCAAAACAGUGAAACUAGUGACAACAAAGUAUGAAAUACCUUUUUUUUUUUUUUUGCCUUAAUUUUUAUCUUAGUUUGAGCUUCCUCUUUAACAGCUUGAAGUCCAGAAAGGGGCCAGAUCGUAAUAAAUGGUUCUUCUACUGUCAACAUAAAUUCUGUUUGUAAAUACUUUCCUUUUCAUUUGCUUGCUGAUUGUGGCUUUUAUUUAAUGCUAGAUGAAUUAUGACUGUCCUGUAGUUCUGUCUUUUAGUGCAGGUGUUUGGCUUGUAAAAUGCUUUGCUUUUUAUUUUCUAAUAAAUAUAUCUAUACUCAAA